AGCAUCAGAAAAAAUCUGAUAGUUGGAGAAGAGUUCUUCAUGUCAAGGACUGCUGGAGCCGCAGAGCAAUACUAACCUGGUCUGGAUUAUUGAGAUAAGAUCACGAAAGAAAAGGAAAUGAGUGACCCAAUGAGCAACAUAUCACGAAUUAAAGAUGAUCUCACCCGCUCAAAUAUGAGCUCCUCAAGCGACUAUGAAAAAACAAUCCAGCGCUUGAAUGAUGAACUUGGGAAGGCCCAGGAUCAGGCUAACAUGGAGAGACACAAAUGCAUGGAGCUAGAAGGGCAACUGCGGCGGCUCCAAGAUGAAAUGGACAUCCUCAGAGAGCAGACAGACGUCUCCUCCAGUUUACGUGACGAGCUCGAAAGUUCACGUGACGAGGUGAAGUCGCUGAAACGCCUCCUGGAGGCAGCUUCCGCCGAGCGGGACCAUGACGUCGGCGCCGUCGAGUUCAACCUGGCAACCGUUUCCAAGGAAUUGGACAAAUGGCGUCAGACUGCCAGCAAAUACGAGCGUGAGAUGGAUGACCUGCAGCGGGAUCUCCAGCAGCAGGGCAAGCAGUGGCAGAAAACGGCAGAAAUACAAGCAAAUGAGGUGCAGUCCAUGCAGGUGGAGUGUAACGGCCUUCAGAAGGAGUGUUCUAGUCUGCGAUCGGAGAAACAGGAAUUGGUGAAUAAGCAUCAGAAAGAAAAGGGCAAUCUGCAAAGUGAGUGCACUUCCCUCAGAGCAGAGAAAGAGGAACUCCUGAAGGCCCAAAAGAAAGAGAAGCAAGAAAGUGUGGCACUCUGUGCUAAAAAUGAGGCGAUGCAGCAGAAACAGCAGCAGUUGGAGAAAGAACUUGUCAGUUCACGUGGCCAGAAUGCAGAAUUGAGCAACAACCUGAAAGUUCUGGAGAGAUCUCAGCAGGAGCUGGAAAAGAAGCUGGCAGCUUUGGAGCUUCAGCACCAACAGGAUAGCAGCAAGCUACAAAGCCAACUGGAUGAAGCUGAUCGUUCCAAGGAGGCCCUGCGGAGACAGUAUGAGGCGACCAAGACGGAGUUGACUGACCUGAAGGACGACUAUGAGAAGACGGAGCAGGAGAAGCUGUCACUUGUGACCGAACUGGAGGAGUGUAAAGCCAACAUGAAGGAUCUGCAAGAGAAAGGAACAAAGACGCCCCUAAUGCUGCCUGUUCAAGCCAUAGUCAUCGGCCUUGUCCUGGCUUUGCUGUUAUGGUGCUUCGGCGCAUUGUGGUAGUAAGAAGCCGUGGAUGAUCUGGGGGCCUUUGGUUGCUGUGGCUCUAACAGCUGUGACUGCUGCUGCGCUCUUUAAGACCUGAGGGCCACACAUACAUGCACACAAUGUCAUAAGAUUUCCCCGCACUGAAACUGACAUGCGCGACACGUACUAUUAUCUGCACUGUUAAUUAGAAGGUGUCAUAUGUAACACUCUAUCAACAUCUUGGAACUUUUAUUCACAUAGCACUUGAGCUCAUUAAAGAAAGUUCUCUAAAUGUUUAUGUUUGCAAAGUACUAGUGGUCUAUCUUUUGGACCAUUUUGGAAAAUAUUGAGCUGUAAGUUGUCCAUUAAUGAAUGUAAAUGUUCUCUACAGACUAAUUGUAGUUAUAUAGAAGAAGAAUUUGGGCGGCUCAAGCCUCUCAUAAGAUAGUGUGUGUAGUUGUCAACGCAAUAAGCACUCAAUAAAGUGACCUAUUGACCUCAUGCACCAAUUAUGAGCCCAUUAAAGGAGAUUUAUUGUUCACAAUU